CUAACAGUUUCUUUCGUCAGUGUGAAAACACCAUAUAUGGUAAAGGACGUGUGAUGGACCUUGAGACCGGCUGCGUCUCGUGAUUGGCACUCUGGAGUGGAGAGUAGUGGUUCCUAUUGAGUUUCGUCGGAUUGAGCAGAUCGACACACAGGCUGCUCUCCCGCCAGCUCCCCCCUCUACUGCAGCCGGGCUAGAGAAGGAGGCGCCGGGCAGGAUGCGCGAUGGGACAGGCAUGCGGACACGCGCUCCUCUGCCGUAGUCAGCCUCCGUCCUCUGAGAUACGUGGUCAGCAAGUGUUUCUGCGUCCCGAGGAAAGUUCAGCUCCAGCUCUAGGCUCCAGACAUUCCACCACGUUGUCCGGACAGCUCCAGGAUGCCUUGCUGCGGCUGGCAGCAGUUGUUGAUGUACGCUCGCUCCGAGUGGCCCUGCGAGACAGCGUUCAGGAGCUGCUCCCUAGCACGGAGUGUGUGUGCAUCUACGUGCUGGAGGGAGACUCCAGGCUGCUGUCUGACAACCCGCCCCAUGAAGUACCACAGGAGGGAAAGAUCAGGAAUGUUGUGGAGCAGCAGAAGCAAUGUGAGUGCGCUGGCCUCCCUCCAUCUGAACUGCCGGAGAAAUAUAGAAUCUUCCUAGCGGCACCAUUACCGGCACACAGGAGAGCUCUUGUGAUUCCUAUCCUGGAUCAGGAUCACAACAAGGUCCUAGCCGUCUUACUGGUGGGAUGUGGCCCUCUAUCAGAUCAAGAAGAACUAUAUCUGGAUGUGCUGGGAAAACAUGCCUCGGUGGCAUGUGUUCGCAUCCAGGCUGUGCAGGCAUCCUAUCAGAGGCCUCCUCUGAGCCCGUCUCCUCUGCAGUCCCACAAUGCUCUGCUGCACCUCAACGUCUCAGAGCAGGACUACUGCGAGCUGGACCGCAACAUUCUGCAGCUCUGUGGUGAGCUCUAUGACCUUGAUGCCGCUUCUCUCCAGCUCAAAGUCAUCAAUUAUCUGCAGCAGCAGACGAAGUCUCAGUGUUGCUGUUUGCUGCUGGUGUCUGAGGAUAACCACCAGCUGUUCUGCCAGGUAGUUGGAGACAAAGUCCUGGAGGAGGAAAUCAGCUUUCCGCUGAUGUUUGGACGCUUUGGUCAAGUUGUGGAGAAAAAGAAGUCUAUUUCCCUCCAGGACAUCAGUGCUGAAGAGCGCAGGCAGCUGUCCAGCAUGCUGGGCUGCGAGAUCUCCUCCAUGCUUUGUGUCCCUGUCGUCAGCAGGGCCACCGGUCAUGUGGUGGCGCUAGCGUGUGCCUUUAACAAGCAGGGUGGACAGAGACAUGCGGAGGCAGAUGAGCAUGUCAUCCAGCACUGUUUCUGCUAUACUUCAACAGUCCUCACUUCAACUCUGGCCUUUCAGAAAGAACAGAAACUAAAAGUGGAAUGCCAGGCACUUCUGCAAGUGGCCAAGAAUCUCUUCACACACUUGGAUGAUGUGUCAGUGCUGCUACAGGAAAUAAUCGUAGAGGCCAGGAACCUGAGCGAUGCAGAGAUCUGUUCAGUGUUCUUGCUGGAUCGGGUCAGCCAUGAGUUAGUGGCGAAGGUGUUUGAUGGUGGUGUUGUAAGUGAAGAAGAGAAUGAGUUUCGGAUCCCAGCCGAUCAGGGCAUCGCAGGCCAUGUUGCAACCACCGGUCAGAUUUUAAACAUUAAAGACGCCUACUCCCACCCUCUCUUCUACCGCGGCGUCGACGACAGCACCGGCUUCAGGACUCGCAACAUCCUCUGCUUCCCCAUCAAAGAUGAAAACAAUGAGGUGAUUGGUGUAGCAGAGUUGGUGAAUAAAAUGAACGGGCCGUGGUUCAACCGCUUUGAUGAGGAUCUGGCCACUGCUUUCUCCAUCUACUGUGGAAUCAGCAUUGCCCACUCUCUGCUCUACAAGAAAGUCCAUGAAGCUCAGUUCAGGUCCACACUUGCCAAUGAAAUGAUGAUGUACCACAUGAAGGUGUCAGAGGAGGAGGUGACUAAGCUGCUUGUGACUGGGAUUGAACCUGUGAAGGAGAUUCAUCCGUGCUUCGCUGAGUUCACGUACACACCCCGUUCCCUUCCUGACGACACUACGCCUCAUGGCAUCCUGAGCAUGUUUGAAGAUAUGGGCUUUAUCAACACAUACAAGAUUGACUUGCAUACUCUUGCCAGGUUCUGUCUGAAUGUGAAGAAAGGCUACAGGGACCCCCCCUACCACAACUGGAUGCACGCCUUCUCCGUCUCACACUUCUGCUACCUGCUCUACAAAAACCUAGGGCUGUCCAACUACCUCGAGGAUAUAGAGAUUUUUGCUCUCUUUGUUUCCUGUAUGUGCCAUGACCUGGAUCAUCGCGGCACCAACAAUUCUUUCCAAGUGGCCUCGCAAUCAGUCCUGGCUGCUCUCUACAGCUCUGAGGGAUCUGUAAUGGAGAGACACCACUUUGCCCAAGCAAUUGCUAUUCUCAAUACUCACGGCUGCAACAUCUUUGAGAAAUUCUCCAGGAAGGAUUACCAGCGGGUGUUGGAUCUGAUGAGAGACAUCAUUCUGGCUACAGACCUAGCUCACCACCUUCGAAUUUUUAAGGAUCUGCAAAGGAUGGCUGAUGAUGGGUACAACACAAAAAGUCGCACUCACCACUCCUUGCUGCUGUGCCUGCUGAUGACGUCAUGUGAUCUGUCAGACCAAACCAAGGACUGGAAAACAACACGCAAGAUUGCGGAGCUGAUUUACAAAGAGUUCUUCUCUCAAGGAGAUCUGGAAAAAGCCAUGGGGAACAGGCCAAGUGAAAUGAUGGACAGAGAGAAAGCGUAUAUCCCAGAACUGCAGAUCAGCUUCAUGGAGCAUAUCGCCAUGCCCAUCUACAAGCUGCUGUCUGAACUGUUUCCCGGUGCCACUGAGCUGUACGAGCGGGUGGCGGCGAAUCGCGAGCAGUGGACCAAGGUCUCCCAUAAGUUCACCAUCCGUGGGUUGCCUAGCAACAACAGCCUGGACUUCCUGGACCAGGAGUACGAGCUGCUUCAGUCACAGGGUGCUUUUGGGAGCGAUGACCACUGCCUAAAUGGCUGCCUCGACGACACAGAGGGAAGUCAGGGCCAGUGACAAACGGUGGGGCGUCGGACUUUGUGUUUUUCCUGAAGUUUUCCUGUGGUCCAAUAACAGGCGAAGAAUAUCUUUCUAGAGGUCAUAGACAGGCUGGUCUCUCUGAUGUCAACCACCUGGUAUACUUAGUGGGCCUUGGUGAACGGGAACAGAAUCAGACGGAUGUUUUGAACUGAGUGGAUUCAUCUGAGUCACUGAUUUGAUGCUUGAUGUCGCUUCUGUCAACCAGUUGAGGAGCGUAAAAGAUGACGAGUGUCUUUUUACAUGUCACACGUUCAUUCGUACAGUACUGGUCCUUUCUGAGAUUGUAAAAACAAAAACGAAUUGCCACACAUAUAUUCGAACAAACAAGAUGGAAACAUUCGUAGUUGUGGCAAAGACUCCUUCAACGUGUAACAGUGAGAUGAAGUGCUAUACUUUCUGUUACAGCGUAUAUUCUUUUUAGUUGCCACCGAUCUCACCUGCUGCUUAUGAAUGCAUGAUGGACGGACACUUUACUGAUUAUAAAUGAAUCUGUGUUCAUUUUCGCCAUUCAUAAGAAAUAAAGCAUUCUAUUUUUACACCAUCAUAGCAGAUUUUUGUAUCCACCUUGUCUGAGUAUGUUUAGGCAAACCAUGACCUCCCUUUGCUUUUGUUCAUUCACUUGAACAUAUAAACUCCAGCUGUGUCAAUCCACUGUCCCUCUCUGUUUUAUUUCAGUUUAGGGGGCAUUUUUGACAAUCACCCAUCAAUAACACCAGAGGAUAUAACUAAAAAGACUUAAACGUGGAUUUUGUGAACAUUUGUCACAUGGCCACUCAUGCAGUAAAACAUACAGUUCUGUGAAAAACAUUUUGCCCUCCUUAAAUAUUUCUUGUUUUUGCUUUGUGUCACUUUCAAAUAUGUCAGAUCGUCUAACAAAUUUGAACAUCAGACAAAGAUAAGCUAAGAAAGUAUGAAAUGAUUAUUUCCUUUAAUCACCUCUAUCCAAAUCAACUUUGUUCUAUGUGUAAAAGUAAUCGCACCUUAUAGCUAAAAACCUGCUUUAACACUUGCCAACAAGAGCUUGUAGUAACUGCCAAUGAGUCUUUACCAUUGUUGUGGAGAAAUGUUGGCCCACUCUUCUUUUCAGAAUUGUUUUAAUUUAGCCACAUUGGAGGAUUUUGUGCUAUGAUUUACCUGUUGAUGGUCACGCCACAGCAUCUUCAUGAAAUUUAAGUCCAGGAUUUGAUUACACCACUCCAAAAUCUUGAUUUUGUUUCUUUUUGUUUUAGAUCAAUUAGAGGGGAACUUGCUGCUGUGCUUUGGAUCAUUGUCAAGUGAACUUAAGAUCAAAAGUUAAUGGCUGGACAUUCUCCAGCCUUAUUUUAUGCUACAAAGCAGAAUUAAUGGUUCAUCAGUUGUGCAGGUGCUCAAGUAGAAAUGCAGGAUGCCAUUUUGCCCAGUCUGUUUCUUAUAGUUGAGUCAUGAACACGGACCUUAACUGGGACAGGUGAGGUUUGCAGUUCUUUAAAUGUGGUUAUGGGUUCAUUUUUGACCUCCUGGAUGAGUCUUUGAUAUGCUCUUAAAAUAAUUCUGUUAGAUAAGCCUCACUAUUGCUCCAUGUUUUCUCCAUUUGUGGAUAAUGGCUCUCACUGGGGGCUACUGGAGUCCCAAAGCCUCACAAAUGUUCCUUAAUAAAUUACAUUAUUAUUAUAUGAAGACAGACUUUUGAAUUUACUCAGGUUAUCUUUGUCUGAUAUUGAAGAUUGUUUGAUGCUCCAAACAAUCCAAUAAAAAAAACCGCAAAAACAGAAAAAGUACCAAAACAAAUACCACAGCACUCUAUAUUCAGUUUAUCCUUUUUCAUCACCCAAAUCCCUAAUCUGUAUUUUUUUGUUCUUUUUGCAUUUUUUUUUUCUUUUAUUAAACCAUUUUGAGAUUAAAAAAAGGCCCUUUAAAAAUCCAUCUCAUUAAUUGGUGUAACUGUGCAUUAGAGUGUGUUAAAUAGAGAGUGUCACUGAGUGUGUCCUAUAUGGAUCUGCCUUAUCGCGUAUCUUUGCUGCCUUUAUUAGAGCUUUUAAUAUAUAAAAGUGAAAUAAAAAGUCUGUUUAGUAUGUUUGUUGAAUAUUCGUAUGGACAUAGUGUGAGUAUCACUGUGUUGACUGAGAACGUGUAUAUUUUGUAAAACACUUGUUUAAAGACCUCAAACAUUGUGUCCUUUCACCUCUUUUCUAUUCCUGCCUGUCUGUGUAUCAUACAUGAAAGCAUAAUUGUUCCCAAACAAAAAAAGAAUCAACAAGAGAUGUAGCCAUGAUAGAAAACAUCACGAGUUGAGUUCUCAAAUUUGUGCCUCAUUUAAAAAAAAAAAAAAAACUACUAAAACUUUACAGAUGUGGAGUUUGGUGCCACGACAUGCCACACUUACUUUCACAUUAACAACUUUGACUCCGAAAAUGCUUCAGAGUUGGGGUAGGACAAGCCUGUGUGUUGGUGUGCUACAAAUGGACUGGUGAGCCAAUGAGUGGAUGGGCAAAUAGAUGUGUGGCUGACAUUGAACUAGACAAGGUUGUCCUUGAAAAAGUAUUCACAUUUUCUCAUGUUACAACCACAAGCUUCAAUGUAUCUUAGUGGAUUUUUAGGUGACAGACCAACACAAAGUAGUCUUUUUUUUAUCUCUCCACUUCCUUUGCAAAUCUAGAGGCAAAUAUUCUUUGCAAAAUGGCUCAAAUUUAUUCAGCUUGAAUACCAAAUUUCAAGUUCUGUAAAAGAUUCUUUGAGUUUCUUCAGGACUUUGACUGGGCCAUUAUAACCCAUGAAUAUGCUCUGAUCUAAAUUCUCACAUUGUAGCUCUGCUUUUUUAGAUCCUGCAGCCUACUUCGUGUUGACAGACAGGUUAUAUUUAAGUUAUGCUCAGAUUCGAAUGGUCAGGCAGUAAUGAGGCCGAUGUGUAGUUAGUAAUACUGAACCAAAAAAACAAGUGAAAUCAGUUAAUUCUUGAAUUAACGGGGGUGAGGGGGGGGGGAUAAUUGUUUAUUUAAAGACUGUUUUUGUAUUUACUCAGGUUAUCUAUGUCUGAUAUUAAAGAUUGUUUGAUGCAUUGAAACAUUUAGUUUUGUGUUGGUAAAUCAAACAAAAUCCUAAUAAAAUGCAUUGCAGCCUAUUUUUUACAUGAUUAAAUGUGAAAAACUUCAAGGGGUGUGAAUAUUUUUUGCAAAGCCCUACUGUGCAUUUAGGAUUAAGAGAGAAAAUGGAAAUCAACUCAAGUACUGGGGUAUUUUCUUCUUUACAAGAGAACAUAGUAAAUGUCAAUAAUUUUAUUUUUAUUUUUAAAGGAUCACACAAAGGGUGUUUGCAGGAAAUAUCUUUUUGUGUCUUGUGAAUAUACCUGAGCACAGCUUCAUGAACUUAUUAAUUCAUUUUUAAAAGGUCAUCAAGGUGUGUUUUAAAAAAACACUUUUGGCUCCACCAUAUAGUUUUUUUUAAUUCUCUUUCAUAUGUCCUUGCUUUUUUCAUGUGCAAUAUAAAGCCUCAGUUUCUGUGACAUUGCAUAGACACCUACGUAAAUAGGAUUUACUAAAUACCUAUGCCUCUUGUUUAUUAUUGCUUUGGGUCUGAGUUACCAAAUGCUUUUUAAGUGUUACAUCUUGUUUCCAUAAAAAAAAAAAAAAAAAAGUAAAUGAAAUGGGACUUUUCUUUCGCUGCAAAUUCUUUUGAGAGUUUAGACCUUUGAUGGUUUUCUAUAUUGAGUCUGUGUUUGUCUGUUAAUGUUUGUUAUAGAGACCCAGGGGUAAACGUGCCAAGCAAACACUUUCCACUUCCUGGCCCAGCUGCGACAUGAAUCCAGACGUGACUUUAGGAAUAGUUUGAUGUCUGAGGGGCAUUGGUGACUACGUUGCACCGUGACAGCUUGUCCAGGAAGUAUUAGGCCAAUCUACUGUAUUUCCUCUCAUCACAGGAGGAACACCGGGACUCAAACCUGUGAUGUGAUAACAUUGUAAUGAUCACCUGUGACAUAUUUGCUAAAAGUGGCAAGAAUAUAUAUAUAUAGAUAUAUAUAUAUUUGCUGUAAAUAACAAAGUUUAAAAACACAAAUGUUUUUGAUUGUCUGUCAUCAUUACAAUUGGAAGUACUGUAUUUCAACUCUGUAAUGUAUUUAUAGUGUUUGCUUCCUGAUUUAUUUUAUUUUUUCAGUUUUUCUAAGCCAUUUUUGAACAACCCCAAGCCAAAACUUCUACACACAAGAUCAGAGAAAGUUAUAUGUGUGCUUAGGAUAUAAAGAAAAUAUUCUACCACAAAUAAACACCCAGACUACUUGUAUAAAUAGUGCUUAAACUGAGAGGUAAAUCUGGUCAUCUUUAACUAUUUGGUUGGUGGGCUUUGAGUGCUGGUGAUCUGGUUCUUUUCAAGAAGAAAGAAAAUGACACUUUGGUUUGUGUUUUUUCUGUCUUUCUUUCUUGAAAUAAAUCUAGUGAAAGGUG